AUGUCUAACCAUGUGGAGGAAAACAGCACAGAAAAUGUGGUCAGGAAGUUUUUUAACCUCAAGGAAAUGCCGCAUAUCGUGAAACCCCUUGACAGAAACCAGAAAAUCCAUCCUCACAUUUUAAACGCUAUUGGUAAUACUCCUUUAGUGAAACUCAGUAAAAUACCUAAAGAUGAAGGCAUAAAAUGUGAUAUGUAUGCAAAAUGUGAGUUCUUGAACCCUGGUGGUUCAGUGAAGGACCGCAUAGCUUACCGCAUGGUGCUUGAUGCUGAAGAGAAGGGCAUACUGAAGCCUGGCAAGUCCGUCAUUGUGGAGCCUACAUCUGGUAACACUGGCAUUGGACUAGCCCUGGCUUCUGCUGUUAGAGGUUACAGAUGUAUAAUAGUAUUACCAGAGAAAAUGUCUGAUGAGAAGGUGAACACCUUAAUAGCACUAGGAGCUGAGAUUAUCAGAACACCCACUGAAGCUGCCUGGAAUGAUCCCACCAGCAACCUGAUGGUAGCCCACAGGCUGUCAAAGGAGAUCCCUGAUGCUGUUCUAUUAGAUCAGUACAACAACCCUUGCAACCCGCUGGCUCACUACGACGGCACGGCUGAAGAGAUCCUGUGGUCUUUGGACGAUGACGUGGACAUGGUGGUAAUGGGUGCAGGCACCAGUGGCACUGUCUCUGGCGUUGGCCAUAAGAUCAAGGAACGCUGCCCCAAGUGCAUUGUGGUCGGUGUCGACCCCUACGGAUCCAUACUUGCCCAACCUGAGGACUUGAACAAAACAGACGUGCAGAUUUAUGAGGUGGAAGGCAUCGGUUACGACUUCCUUCCGGCCUCACUCGAUAGAGGUGUGAUUGACAAAUGGAUCAAAUCAGAAGACCACGCCUCCUUGGAAAUGGCCCGAAGACUUAUCAAAGAUGAGGGAUUACUUUGCGGUGGAAGCAGUGGUUCGGCGAUGUGGGGUGCUAUCCAGGCAGCUAGGUCGUUGAAAGAAGGCCAGAAGUGUGUAGUGCUUCUUCCCGACAACAUUCGCAACUACAUGACCAAGUUCAUAUCUGACCAGUGGAUGGAGGCCAGGAACUUCCAGCCUUUAGUCGUGAAAGAACACCUUCCAUGGUGGAGCAAGCCAGUGACGGAGAAUAUGGUGCAGAGCAUCAAGAGCGUGUCGCAUGACAGCUCGCCCUCGCACGCGCUCGCCACUCUCAAGGAGAGCGGUGCGCCAGUGUUGAGUGUUGUCAAUGAUAAAGGGUCUGUGAUCGGCGUGUUCACUGCAGACAAUGCACGUAAAAGACUGGUUAAUCUGUCGGGCUCGUUAGCGGAAAGUCUCGAAAAAUUUACAGUGAAAAAGUUCUACAAGGUGGAUCUCACUCUCAAGCCCACACUAGGAUUAGUGUCACGGAUGCUCGACAUUGCUCCUCACGUAGUUGUGGUUAAAACUGACGCAUCUACACACAUCGAGACCCCGGUUGGAGUGUUCACCUCAGAGAAUCUGCUGACGAGUAUCUCUACAGAAUCGAAAAUAAUGAAUGGAAGCUAA